UCUCUGCUGUAUAAGAAAGUCCAUGAAGCUCAGUUUAGAAGUCACCUGGCCAAUGAAAUGAUGAUGUAUCAUAUGAAGGUAUCAGAGGAAGAGAUGACCAAGCUUCUGACAUUUGGAAUCCAACCUGUGAAUGAGAUUCAUCCAAGCUUUGCCUAUUUCACCUACACGCCUCGCUCCUUGCCAGAUGAUGACACUCCUAUGGCUAUUCUAAGCAUGUUUGAGGACAUGGGCUUUAUUAACACUUAUAAGAUAGACAUUAAAACAUUGGCAAGGUUCUGUCUCAUGGUAAAGAAGGGAUACAGGGAUCCACCCUAUCACAACUGGAUGCACGCAUUCUCUGUCUCUCAUUUCUGUUAUCUCCUGAACCAGAAUCUGGAACUCUCCAAGUAUCUUGAGGACAUUGAGAUAUUUGCUCUUUUUGUAUCGUGUAUGUGCCAUGACUUGGACCACCGAGGAACCAACAAUUCCUUCCAAGUGGAUUCGCAAUCUGUGCUGGCUGCCCUAUACAGCUCAGAAGGAUCAGUGAUGGAGAGACACCACUUUGCCCAGGCAAUAGCCAUUCUAAACACUCAUGGAUGUAACAUCUUUGAGCAGUUCUCCAGAAAGGAUUACCAAAGGAUGCUGGAUCUGAUGAGAGAUAUUAUAUUGGCAACUGACUUGGCUCAUCAUUUACGUAUCUUCAAAGACCUUCAGAAAAUGGCAGAUGUGGGCUAUGACCCAAAGAACAAGCAUCACCACAGUCUGAUCCUCUGCCUGCUCAUGACCUCAUGUGACCUGUCAGACCAGACCAAAGGAUGGAAAACCACCACUAAGAUUGCUGAACUUAUUUACAAGGAAUUCUUUUCCCAGGGCGAUCUGGAGAAAGCCAUGGGCAAUAGACCCAGUGAAAUGAUGGACAGAGAGAAAGCCUACAUCCCAGAGCUUCAGAUUAGCUUCAUGGAGCACAUUGCCAUGCCCAUCUACAAGCUGCUUCAAGAACUUUUCCCGAAAUCAGCAGAGCUUUAUGGGAGAGUUUCCGCCAAUCGGGAACACUGGACCAAGGUCUCUCACAAAUUUACAAUCCGAGGGUUGCCUAGCAACAACUCCCUUGAUUUCCUGGAUGAGGAGUAUGACCAACUAGAAGAGCAGGCAGAAGAAAGUCUGAAGAUGAAUGGUUGCUUAGAAACAAAAGGAACCAGGGAAACCAUUGAACAAUAAGGUGUUUAAACAAAUAUAAAACAUUACUUCUGAAGUUCAAGUAACUACAUUUUAUAGAAGAAACUACAAUUUUUAGUAACACCUCAUUUAAAGCAGGGAUUACCUGUUAUCACCAUGGAAGCGCUUGGGUAAUAACCAGGAACAUCUCAAUGUGGGAACCUUUGAGACCACAACAAAGCAAAGACUUCUUCUCAAAUCAGCUGCUAUAUUUUGAGCAUUUCGUUUUAGUUAUUCAGCAGUUGUUUUAAAAGUCAGAAAUUGUUACUUCUUUAAAAAUAUAUUUUUUGGGGUAGUUUUUACCACAUGAAAUACCAAGCAGCCACUAAUACAACUAAAGUAUCAGACUGUGUUUUCCAGUAAUAGCAGUGGCUACUUGUCACAGGAUUCUCCCCCUCUUAUUCUAUAUUACUGUAUUGUGUGUAUUAAACUGGCUUUGGAUAAAACGCUGUGCCUGGAGGGAAUAUUAAGGGCCCCUUCAAAGCAUAGUGGAUACAUUUGCCAGUAUGCUGGCAGUGAAAUAUGGUCAGUAUUGCUGGGUUCAGUAAUGUUUGUCAACCUCUACAUUUUUUGUAUUGUUAUGUUUUUAUUAUUAUUUAUUGCUUUUUUUUGUGAAACCACUAAAAAGAGAAGAUUGUUAACCAUAUAUCCUACAUUGAUGCACACUGGGGCGUUUGUAGUCAGUAAGAGAUGUGGUGUGGAUGGGGACUGACUACAGUUUGUUUUUCAUAUAUGUUUGUCAAAGUGUGAACAAUUACACUUUUAAAAUAACCCUUUAAAAUACACUGCAAGUGUGUAUGUUAUUAUUGUACUGUACCAGUCCACCCACUGCACAACAUUUUACAAAGUGGAUAUUUUACAUGGUUGAAUAAAAACCUGUGGCGUAUGUAAGUGACAAAGAAUGUAUGGACUACAAAAGACCUUUUAUGUGUUGAUGUCUGUAAAUAUUUUAUCAGCAGGUGAUAAAUAAGGGCUGUUGCUCUUAAGGCAUUGUGGCUAAUUGGAACACAGACAGAAUGUGUAUAUUAUUGAUUUGCCUUACCUUUUCUGCGUUGCCUUUUGAGAAAGAAAAUAUAUAUAAUUGUCAUUAUUAUAAUUAUUAAUAAUCAUAAUACCCAUGUUCCAUUGAAAAGUGUGUUGCUACUGUACUGUACAUACUGGUUCUGGUUCAUUAAGCCUCCACUGAUUUAUAUUGCUGUGUGAUACUUCCUCUUUGGGCAGUGCAGGAAAAUUUCUGUUUUUAACCAGAUGCAAAGUUAGUCAUUGGACAUUGGACUAAAAUAAAUGCAUGAGCAUUUAUUUUAAGUGCUUUCCUUAUUGUUUUUUUUUGUUUCUUCUACAAACAUAUUCUUUUCUAUUUAUGAUUUGAUUCGCUUUAAAUAAUAAGUUGCUUCAAGUGUCGUUUUAAUUGUUUUCUGAUAAUCCAAUACUGAGUUUUUACCAUUUAUUCUAAAUCUGCCUUUACUUGGAUUUGAGCUUGUCAGCCGUCCUCAGUCCAUUCAAAUCAUGUGACAAAGUAACCUUUCACCUCAGUAAGCCCCACCCCUUUUUUAUUCUCUCCUUCUUUAGCGUAUGUUUAUGUGUUCGGUCAGUGUCUACCUCUCAUCAAGUUGAGAGUGUAUUUCUUGUGCACUCUAUGACUCUUUGUCAGGCUUGCGAGUCAUUUAAUGUAAAUAAAAAAAACAGAUGAAAAGCUGAUAUUAAUGUAUUUAUUCUCUUUAUGUAGAUCCUGUUGUGGUUUUAACAUUUAGAAUGCUUGGUCAUUGACAAUGUGAGUGUGAGUGCAUUGACAAUCAGAGAGAGAGAGAGAGAGAGAGAGAGAGAGAGAGAAAGAGAAAGAGAGAGAGAGAACAUUGUAAUAUACCAUGCUGUUCUGGAUAUAGUCAUUACUUUAAAUAACUCACAAGUGAAAGCUUUGUGAAUAGAGCCCUUUAUUGGCAGUUACAUAUAGAACCAUGACAAGAAAUUCAAAUAAUAAGAUACAUCAUAGAACAUGAGCAUGAGAUACUCCUUCCCAAUGUGCUUUCCUAAGGUCAACAGAGUACUUGUGUGAUUUUUGUCUCUACCCAGCAUUGUAGCUUUAAGCCAAAUGAGGGUGGUUCUUUGUUGGAUGGGAGGGAUGCUUUUAUCCUCAGCAACACUCUCUGGCAGUGAGAGAGAGAGAGAGAGAGAGAGAGAGAGAGAGAGAGAGAGAGAGAGAGAGAGAGAGAGAGAGAGAGAGAGAGAGAGAGAGAGAGAGAGAGAGAGAGAGAAGAGAGAGAGAGAGAGAGAGAGAGAGAGAGAGAGAGAGAGAGAGAGAGAGAGAGAGAGAGAGAGAGAGAGAGAAUGAAUAAAUGAAUAAUGUCAUUAAAAUCAUGUUUAAAUUUGUAUUUAAUCUCUGGGGUUAGCAGAAAUGAAAAGUCAAAUUUACACAUGAUUUUAAUGAUCUCAGUAUGGGAUCACUAGAACCCAGGACCACUAAUUAUUUUUAAUAAAGAAUAAGCCUAGGACCUUUCUGUUUUCAUUUUUCUUUGUGCCAAAAUUAUUUCCCUUUAUUAUUUGAAUUAUUUGAUUGUUCAUUGAAUUUACUUUUAUGUAUUUUCUCAUAUUUAUAUAGUUUCUCAACCAUAUAUAUUUUGUAAUACAUACUUUUUUAUGUUGUUGUCAACUGCAUUACAUUUUUCACACAAAAAUGGCAACAUGGCACCCUUGGACCCCUGUAAAUUGAUAUUCCUGGUCUGUACAUAGAUACUUUCAUGUGUUUAUUAAAUGUGUUUUAAAGAGAAAAACCGGAAUAAGGAAAAUGAAUGAUUUUCUGUGAAAUGUUCUGUGCAUCUGGGAAAGAGAGCCAAAAGCUCUUAUAUGUUUUGUGGGAUAUUGCUUUGAAAAGUAUUUCAGAUCCUGCCUAUUUCCUGCAUCAAAGGGUAUAAUAAGGGACUAAAAUUUAUUCAACAGACCUAGGAAAAAAAGGUGUUAAAACAAAAAAAAAGUCAUCUGAAAAAUGCAUAAGGGGUAGUAUUAUCUUGGUUUUUCACGUUAUUGUGCUUUCAUCUGUACAUACGUUUGUACAUAACAUACUGUAAAUGAGGUCUGUGCUGAAGAAUUAGAUUACCAUGUGUAUGGAAUACAUUUACAGAGCAGUGUGAGACCAUUGUUUUCUGAGAUGUGAACAGGCAGUUAACUUUUUAUCCAAAUAAAUUUCAUACAUUGAACAAGAAA